UAAAAACAGGCCCGAGCCAUUCUUCUGCAAAGAAGAAAGAUCUAUUAAUCUGUAGAUGUUGAAUCUCCAUAACCAAAACCUAGCUUGAAUUCACACCAAAAAGCUUUGGAUCGUCGCCGGAGAUUGUCGACUCUGUCAGAUUUCAACAAUGGAUCUCAACCAGCCUGUGGGGGAGAACUAUGCCAAUCCAAAGACGUGCUUCUUUCAUGUUCUGUUCAAGGCUGGAGCAUUGGCUUUUUACAUACUCUCUGCUCUCUUUUUCGAUAGCUUCGUCAUCAUUUUCGUGGUGACUGUUCUUCUCGCUGCUCUUGAUUUUUGGGUGGUCAAGAAUGUGAGUGGCCGUAUUUUAGUUGGUUUGAGGUGGUGGAAUGAAAUAAAUGAUCUUGGUGAGAGUGUGUGGAAAUUUGAAUGCCUUGACCAAGAGUCAUUGGCCCGGAUGAACAAGAAAGAUUCAUGGCUGUUUUGGUGGACACUUUACCUUACGGCUGUUGCGUGGAUUGUGCUUGGAAUAUUCUCUCUCAUAAGGUUUCAAGCUGACUAUCUGCUGGUGGUAGGAGUUUGUUUGACCCUCAGCAUAGCGAACAUUGUCGGCUUUACAAAAUGCCGCAAAGAUGCAAAGAAGCAGAUCCAACAAUUUGCCACGCAGACUCUCGCAUCACGGGUUACAUCCACCAUACAGUCGGCUUUCACUGUGGUCUGAACCAUUGAUUCUGGAAGAUUGAAAUAAUACGUGAGAGAUUAUACUUUUGUAAGGGAUGCCCAGGUGCCAUUGGGUGCAUCUAAUGUAAAUGAUCACUAUACUGGCCAGCAUCUGAGUUGCUUUGUGGGCUUCUUUAGGUAUACAAGAUGACAGAUUAGAGGUUUUUUUGGACGCCUUGUUGGAUUUUUAGUUGUUUGUUUGGUAAACAUGGUGAAGUUCAAUUCAAGCUAGUUGUAUAUUUUCUCUUCGUACAAAAGCUUAGAUAAUUCACAUUUUGAUUCUGGUAGAGCUUUGCAGCUCCAUUUUAGCUUCAACUUCCCGCAAUAAAAGAUCAGCAGUAAACCUUAUAUUUUGCGAAUAAAUAUCGUACGUUCAC